GUCUUUCCCUCUCAGUCUGCCUGUGCAGUGGACAGGACCAGAAGUGUGUGUGUUAGAGUGUGAGUGAGUGAGUGUGAAGCGUGGAUGUUACGGGAUCCAUGACAAAGUCUCCAGUCCCUGGACACAGAUUCACACUCAGCGCCUUACAGAGACAGCCAAAGAGGAAUACACCUUAAACCCUAACACACCUCACACCCCCUUCUACAUUCCCAACCACAUGGAGCCAUGUGAGCUCCUGUCUGCCUCGUUGGGAAUCUGACUCGGAUUGCCUCCUGUAGAGACGCUCACAGCUCUGGAUCUGCCUCGGAGAGCAGAGAGAGGAGAGGAGCGACUGCAGAGAUCUUCACCCAGGAGAGAAGUACUCUUCCCUGGGCGCUGUGGGCCGGGAGCCCCCCGUGGGCUGGAGACCGGCGCUCCAGCACCAUGGAUUACCUGCUUGGGAUUGUAGUCCUGCUGGGCAUGGCGGCUCUGCCCGGGAGAGUGGCCCUGCAGAACCCCAAGAGGAACGUUCCCCGGCUCCGGCUCUCCUACAAGGAAAUGUUGGACUCCAGUAAUUUAGUGACUUUCACUGGAAUAACAAACAGUUCAGGUUACGACACAUUUCUAAUGGAUGAGGAGCGAGGGAGGUUACUAGUAGGAGCAGAGGACCAUAUCUUCUCUUUAGACCUCGUCAACAUUAACAGAGAUCUCAAACAGAUCGCCUGGCCGGCCACACCUUCAAAACGAGACGAGUGCAAGUGGGCAGGAAAAGACCUCGGAUGUGGCUUCACAUGUCUCGGAGGAAGCACGUGUUUGCCUUCAACCACUGGAGUUUGUAGCUAUUAUAUGAUGAAAGAGUGCUCCAACUUUGUGCGGGUGCUGCAGUCCUACAACCAAACACACCUAUAUGUGUGUGGCACGGGAGCAUUUCACCCGAUAUGUGCCUAUCUGGAGAUAGGCAAAAGAGCAGAGGACAAUAUUUUCAGGCUGGACACAUCCCACUUUGAGAAUGGCCGCGGGAAAAGCCCCUAUGACCCAAAGAUGCUGUCAUCCUCUCUGCUAAUUGAUGGGGAAUUAUAUUCUGGAACUUCGGCAGAUUUCAUGGGACGAGACUUUGCCAUUUUCCGAACCCUCGGAGCUCAUCAUCCGAUCCGGACAGAGCAGCAUGAUUCCAGAUGGCUGAACGAUCCCAAGUUUGUUGGCAUUCACCUCAUCCCUGAGAGCGAUAACCCAGAAGACGACAAAAUCUUCCUGUUCUUCAAAGAGAACGCCAUGGACGGAGAACACACAGGCAAAGCCACCAUCUCCAGAAUAGCACAACUGUGUAAGAAUGACGAGGGAGGACACAGGAGUUUGGUGAACAAAUGGACUACAUUUCUAAAAGCUAAACUGACGUGUUCUGUCCCAGGGCUCAACGGCAUUGACACACACUUCGAUGAGCUCCAGGAUGUGUUUUUAAUGAGUGCAAAAGACCCAAAGAACCCAGUGAUCUAUGCGGUCUUCACUACCUCCAGUAACAUCUUUCGUGGGUCAGCGAUCUGCAUGUACAGCAUGGCUGACAUCAGGAGGGUGUUUCUGGGCCCUUAUGCCCACAGAGAUGGUCCAAAUUACCAGUGGGUGCCCUUCCAAGGCAGGGUCCCAUACCCCCGCCCUGGCACAUGCCCCAGUAAAACCUUUGGUGGUUUUGACACCACCAAAGACCUCCCAGAUGACGUUAUUACAUUCGCUCGUCUGCACCCUGCCAUGUAUAACCCAGUGCAGCCGGUUGGUGGACGACCCAUUGUGGUGCGCACAGAUGCAGAGUACCAGUUCACCCAGCUGGUGGUGGACCGUGUGGAGGCUGAGGAUGGGCAGUACGAUGUGAUGUUCAUCGGCACAGAUAUGGGGACAGUGCUGAAAGUGGUGACCAUCCCCAGAGAGAGUUGGCAUGACCUGGAAGAGGUGGUGCUGGAGGAGAUGACCGUCUUUAGGGAACCCACCCCUAUCACAGCUAUGGAACUCUCCACUAAACAACAACAGUUGUACCUGGGUUCAGAAGUGGGAAUAUCGCAAAUGCCGCUGCAUCGCUGUGAGGUAUACGGCAAAGCGUGUGCUGAAUGCUGUUUGGCCAGAGAUCCAUAUUGCGCCUGGGACGGCACUGAGUGCUCCAGAUACUUCCCCACUGCUAAGAGGAGAACAAGGCGUCAAGACAUCAGAAAUGGAGAUCCUCUGUCCCAGUGCUCCGAUCUGCAACACAAUGAUGAUCUGGAGGGCUACAGCAGUGUAGAAGAGAGGAAUGUAUAUGGUGUGGAGAACAGCAGUAUGUUCCUGGAGUGCAGUUCUAAAUCUCAGAGAGCUCUCAUCUACUGGCAGCUACAGAAGCCCAAUGAUGAGCAAAAGCUUGAGAUUAAGUUGGAUGAGAGAGUGAGUCACACCGAGCGUGGCUUGUUAAUCCGCAGCCUGACGCAAGCUGACACCGGAGUGUAUCACUGCCAUGCUGUGGAGCACGGCUUCAUCCAGCCACUCCUGCGCCUCACUCUGCAGGUCAUCCCGUCUCAGCGUGUGGGGGAGCUGCUCCUGCGGACCGGUGCUGUCGAUCGCGACUCGCCUGCCAAACAAAAGAUUUGGUACCGAGACUUCCUUAGUUUGCUGGAGCACCCGGACCUCAACAGUGUGGAUGAGUUCUGCGAGCAUGUCUGGAAAAAGGAGCGCAAGCAACGUGGCAAGAAAGCUCCAAAAGCAGGGCUCGGGCUCACUCAGGCUCAGGCACAGGCACAGAAGAGCAGCCAGAAUUUACAGACUUCAGCCCAGAUUCAGAGUGAUGGCCCAAAAGCAACAAAUGUUCCAAAUCUGCCCAAAAUACAGAGAAGCCAAGUCCCACAGGGAACCACCAGCACGGACAGCCAGAGCCCCAAGCCGAGUCCUAGCACCACCUCGAAACUCCCAAGUGCUCAGGCAAACCAGAACCAGAGUCAGGGAAAGAGGGGCAACUCACCAGCCCGAAGAACACCAGCCAGCACAGCCAAGUGGAAACAGCUCCAGGAGAAUAAGAGGGGGCGCAACAGGCGCACCCACGAGCAACAGAGACCACCUCGGAGUGUGUGAGACAAGCAUACACACACACACACACACACAAACAUCAGACCCAUCCAUUCACACAUGCCGACUUUGAUUCAGCAGCCCACAUACAUGUGUAUGUUGCAAACAUUUAAACAAAAGCACAAAAAUACUGGAUGUACUAGUUGGAGAAAUUUGUCACUACUUUACCAGAGGAAGCACAAUUACAGUGACAUAAUGGCGAAAACAUUUAUCAGUAAUGUGUAUAGUUGUGGACUGAUACACCUUCCUGUACAUAGAAAUGUUUCUAUAGUGUAUGAGUCCCCUAAGACUCUUUACUCCUGGACUGAGAGAGGGGAAUUGCCAUUUCCAAGACUGUUUCCUUUGCUGAAACAUCUGUUGCGAAGUGGCCGAAAAGCUUCCAUGGAAACCAAGAUGAUUUAUUCAGGAAUAAAACCAGAAUGUUGACUAUUUACUUAAAUUCUUCCUGGAGGAUUGUACCUGUUACUAUGGUUCUGGAUCAGACAAUAUGGACUGCCUUCCAGCCCAAAAGAUACUUAUAUAAAAAAAAAAAAAAACUACGGGAACUGGAGUCUCGUUGGUCUGAUUCAUAAUGCAGUGUUAUAGGAGUAACUAUAGUGGACACUGUAUAGGAAAAUAACUGAGUAUCCAUGCAUACAAGACGUGGUUGGCCAAAACGUAGGCAUGUGUUGCUACCAGCCCGUCUGACCCUUGUAACCAUUUGACUUAAAUGUUAGCCUAAUUAUUUGUUGUAUAUUCAUAAUAAACGAAUCACCCAAAUGGACUAAGAAGUCAAAACCUGUGGAAACUAUUUGCCCUAAAGUACAGAAUUUAAAUAUGUUGUGCAUGAUGUUUAAUUGAAUACAAAAUCUUUUUUUCUGAAUUAAGUUGCAUAGCGAAACUAUUAAACACAGAGUUUCAAAUUACAGGGGGUCUUAAGAAUUUUUUGAUUUCAUUUAAGAUAAAAAAAAUGUCUUGUGCCAACCGUUGCAUCGAAGGUGCUAUGUUUGGUUAUUGCUACAUCAUCAAAAAAAAGUUUUUUAUUUUUUAAGUUAUUUUUAUGCCUCAUACAAAUGUGCUCUUGCAGUCUAUGUCGUAGCUUAGGCUGAAAGUGUAAAUAUAUACAGUCAGGCAACUCAUGACUAUUUAUUGCUGAUUUUUAAAGGGUUACAGUUAUUUUUGAUAUUGUAAUGUUUUGAGCUCAAAUGUAAACAAAAGUGACUGAAAUAUGACAAAGCACAUGGAUGGACCAAUAACCAUUGCCUUUUUUAGUUGAACAUAUUACUUCUAAGAACCCAGAAACAUGCAAAAAUUUAGUUUAAUUUUUAAAUAUCUUUUUUUCUGUCACUCACCUCUGUGUGUCUCUUUAGUCUUCACAUUUUCUCUGUAAUGCCCCCAAACAGAUCUGUCUAUAUUUCUGUAUUUGUAUGAAUGACUCAUUCAUGAAAUUGCAAAAUAUUAUGGAGCUAUGAACAAUUUGUAAGAAUGCCAUUAGAUGUGAGACUCCUGUAGAAAUGUGUAGGCUAAACAUUUGACUGACAGCCACUGAGUACGAACCGCAUGUGCAUUCGAACCCUAGUGUAUCUCCUUUACUGUCAGUGUUUUGUGUGUGAUAAUUUCCUUUCCAUGAAUAUAAAAGAUGUGAACAUUUUUGUUUCAUUUUAAUAAGACAAUAAAAAUACCCGCCCCCUUUUGUGCAUUAUAAAGCUGUAAUCUUUUGUACAAAUACCCCCCCAGAACUGUAUGAUGUUUCAAUGCAAUACAGAGCACUCCCAGUGUUUCUUGCUUCAGACAUGUUUUGUCUGGUGGAGAUGGGGAAAUCUAAGGGAGACAGGAGCUCUUAUAACUGUCACUGGGUGUUUCAGGCAUGUUUUCGGUUGUCUAAAUAAAUAUUUCCUCUAUCAUUA